UUCGCAAUCGCUGGAAGGCAGCUUUGGACUAUCCGGGGUGAUCGAGAAGCGUCGACUGAUAAGGCCAAGCUUUCCCCAGCCGGCUACGACACAGCGAAAGAGCAAAGACAGGCGCUCCCGUACCCAUACCCCCUUCCCUGCGAGUCCUCUGCUGUGUCCCACGCGCACUCCUGCAUCACUAAGCCCGCCGCUGUCGCCGACCGAUCCCUUACACCCCCGCGCUCCUAUCUCCCCUGCGCUGCCCUCGAGGCCCGCGCCCCGCCCACGAUGCUCACCUUCAAGAAGGCCCUCGUGCUUUCGCUGGCCUGCCUGACACUCUUCUUCCUGUUCAAGUCGCAUCACACGAGCAACAAGUCGCCGACCUUCAAGAACGCCCACGACCUGCCCAAGCCCAGCCCGUGGGUCAACCCGAAAGAAGCAGCCGCGAAGGCUGAGGAGGCCAAGAAGGCGGCCGAGAAGACAGACAAGGUCUUCAACAGCAGCCCGGACACAGCAGUGAAGAAGGCCAAGGAGCAGAUCAGCCUCGACGAGUUGAAGACGCGCCCGCUCAAGCAGCAGCUCGAGUACCAGUUCCCCUACGACGUCGACUCCAAGUUCCCCGCCUACAUAUGGCAGACAUGGAAGUACACACCUGCGCAGGGCGAGUUCAGCGAAUCCUUCCGCGAGGCAGAGGCCAGCUGGUCCAUCCACCACCCCAACUUCGUCCACGAGGUCAUCACCGAUAACGUCGCCGUGCACCUCAUUAGGCAUCUGUACGCGUCUGUCCCUGAGGUCCUCGAGGCCUACAACGCGCUCCCCCUCCCCGUGCUGAAGGCCGACUUCUUCCGCUACCUGAUCCUGCUCGCUCGCGGCGGAAUCUACUCCGACAUCGACACCUCAGCCCUGAAGAGCGCCGCCGAUUGGAUCCCCUCAGACGUCCCCUCGAACACCUACGGCAUGGUCCUUGGCAUCGAAGCCGACCCAGACCGCCCAGACUGGGCUGAGUGGUACUCUCGCCGCAUCCAGUUCUGCCAGUGGACCAUGCAAGCGAAGCCCGGCCACCCCAUCCUUGUCGAAGUCGUUGCGAACAUCACCCAUGAGACGCUCAAGCGCAAGGCCGAGGGCAAGCUCACCAAGGAUCACAAGGGCAUAAUCGAGUUCACAGGCCCUGCGCGCUGGACAGACUCCAUCUUCGGCUUCUUCAACGACCCCGACUACUUCGACAUGAGCUCUAGCAAGGGCAACAUCACCUGGGAGCACUUCACUGGCAUGAAGGCGCCCAAGAAAAUCGGCGAUGUCAUCGUGCUGCCUAUCACUAGCUUCAGCCCUGGCAUCAAAACCAUGGGCGCUGGUGAGGACGACGAUCCCAUGGCGUUUGUGAAGCACGCCUUCGAAGGUACCUGGAAGCCUGAGAACGAGCGCCACAUCGGCGAGACCUACAACUGAGCGAGCCGUGACGCAUCGGUGACCGGUUCCUUCUACGCUCGGAUGUCGUGGUGUGCGAUGCACUUCCGUCAUGCACAUCCCCGACGCUGCACGAACCAGGUGGGCGUGGAUCACAAGGAGUACAGUCUUUAGGCACUGGCAUCUUCGUGACCACGUCAAGCAAAGUCAGGCUCAGGAAGAGGG